AUUAAAUAGAAUUUCAAUUAAAUUUAUCAUUUCAACUGUUUUACUUAUCAGUUUUAUUUGAAAACAUCGAUUGUCAAACCAAAAAUGUAUGACUACAUUUUUAUUGCUUUGUAUCUAGCCAGUAGCUUAUCAAAUGGAAUAUUUAUCCCUGAUAAUCCUUUAAAUGAGAAAUGGUCUUUGAAUGAUAUAGGCUUGAACACAUUACGAUAUUUGUUUAAUGCAAAUAAAAUAAAUGAUAAUGGUAUAAACUAUAUUAAAUUCAAAAAAAUAUUUUGAAAUGUGUACACUGAUAUACACUAUAAAGGAUAGCGACAUCAAAAAACUAUUCACAGAUGAAGUUAAAAACAUAAACGAAUAUAUGGAUGAGAAUAUAUUUAUGAAACAAAUGUCGAAAUGUGUCAUAGAAGUUGAAACAAAUAUUAGAGAUAUUUAUUGGGAUAGUAUGAUAGAUGAAAAGCUGACUAUAAAAGAAUUAAUUAUUGUUCUUAAAAUAUUAAAUGUCAAAAGCGAAGUAGAAGAUGUUAUUGAACUAAUGAUUGAAUGUAAUGUUAAAAAUUCUGAUGAUAUCAAUUGGAUAGAAUUCAGAAAUAUAUUUGGGUUGGCUAUGAAACGUAAAAUUAAUUCUUUAUUGCAAAUAAAUAAAAGUUUGUAUAUUAUGUUAUAUGGUUUAAUUCUAAAUUAAAAAUUAUAGAUCAUUGUUUAAGCUGCAUUGAUAAUAAAUUGACUUAGUUUGCGAAAUACUUGAUGAAUUC